CGUCGAGCGACAAAGCAAGCUCCUGCAUCUCCCAAAAACCAUAUUGACCCCCAGCGAAUUAGACCAUGGCGAGCAUUGUUCCUGCUAGUUUGAAAUCGGCAGACAUUGGGCGCUAUGCCUUGAGGGCGGCGCAACUUGAAAGCGCCAGACCAGUCAUUGCCUAUUGGUGCAAUUUCUAUAUCGUCAACCAAAUUAUCGAGAAAGGCCUCCACUCGAUCGACGACGAAGUCAAGCUUUACACGACGAAUCUGGUGGACAAGCUGGAACAGUUCAAAAAUGACAACCAAGAUAAUGAUGCGGUGAUGGAUGCAGUGGCCGCAAGUGCCUACGUGGAACAAUUUGCGACAGAAAUCUUUGGUCGCGCGGAGGCUGCUAUGCGAGCCAACAAAGUCACCAAACAAACAGCAGAUACAUUCCAGGCAGCGGCGACGUUUUUCGAGCUAUGUCAGAUCUGGAACCCCCCGGAACCUGAAGUCUCCGCCAAGACCAAGUUCGCCAAAUAUCAUGCGCUGAGGAUUGCAAAGGCGAUCAAAGCUGGAGAAGACCCCAACGCAACAAACCCGGUUAUCGAUGUGCCAGAGAACGCAGAUGACGACCUGGAGAACAGGCAGGAUGACCCAGAGGUGCGCGCGAUCAUGGAUCCGCAAUCGCAGGAAACAGAAUCACAACAGCCAAAGGUUGAAGAGACCCCCGACGAACCCGCGCAGGCUCCGCGGUCACCCCCAACUCUUCCACACGCGCCGGUCACCUCCGUGGGCGCCCAAUAUUCCCCGGAUGACCGGGAGCCGACCACGCCCGGUGGAUUGAACGUCGGUGGCACCGGAAGCGGUGAUCCUUUAGAACUCCCCUCCGCACCGACAUUUGCGGCUGCGUCCGGGCCUGGACUUAGCCUUCCAGAUACACCUUCUGAUAUCGGCUCGUCCGGCGUCGCAAAGGCGCCAGAUGCAUUCCAAUCUUUCCCUUCGCCGCCCCCAAUCCCUCCCGCGAACCCGGCCGCUCCCCACGAUCCAAGCUCUUUCUACUCCCAACCCAGUGGCCCCAGUGGCCCCAGCGUCACCCAACCCCCUACCUUUACUCAGCCACCGGCGGGGAACGUCCCCAUCGUAUCCCGCCCCGUCCACCAAUCCAUUCCCAUAUCUACUCCGCCAGCGGCAUCGGCAGGGAUGGCUUCGGGCCCCGGCAGUUCGCAGACAGUGGACGACCACGCCAUCUCUUUGGCGCAGAAACACGCGCGCUGGGCGGUGUCGGCGCUGACGUUUGACGAUGUGGACACAGCGAUCAAGGAACUGAGGAACUCUCUGAAGCAACUUGGGGCGGAAUGAGGCAACCUCAAUGAUACAAUUAAGUGCUGCCAUGGGGUUACGAUAUGCAUACACAGGGUGGGGACUAUUCUGCCGAUCCUUGCGGAUAGGGCUAGCCAAUCUGUCGUUCUGCUACUAUAACGAUGACAACGAACUACAUAUCUAAUCACGAUUCCCACAUAGUAUCUCUUAUAUAGCCUGUCUUUCUUCCUUGCGAGUUGUCUGAUUACAAUAUGUCUUUUAUAGUCUUUAUUUGAAC